UGUUAUUUCAGGAAAGCCUUCCAGAAAAGUUUGAAAUUUUUUUUUUCCUUGUUUACGCAGGAUAGAAACAAGAUGGGAGAUUCAGUACCUCUAAAACUAGCACUGCCAGAGCUGAAGUAUCCUAUUGGUUCACAGCCAAAAGAAAAGUCAGCAAUCAACCAAUACUCUGGUUCAGAUUAUAUCUCUAUUGUCAAAAGCAUCCUAAAACCAGAUGAGAUGAUAAGAGUCCGAGGAUCAUUUCUGGGACCUGUAAUGAAGCUCAGUGAGAGAGGAUUGAAGUUAUCAGCAAAGAUAGUCUACGCCAUUCUCACUAGAAGCAUCGUUUCUGUCAAGGAGAAUGAAGCCUGGUUCCAUUUCGGUGCGCAGCCAAUGAGGUUCUCUAUAAGAGAAUUUCAUAUGAUGACAGGCUUGAAAUGUAGUGGUGCAUUAGAAGGACCACGAAGGGAAACCGAGAGAUUUAAUUGGGAAUUGCUAAAGGGGCGUAGUCAUAAGUUAAGUGACGUGGUGGACCAGCUCAGAAACACAAGAGAAGAUGCUUCUGAGGAGAGAAUAUGCCUCGCAAUGCUCAUCCUGGUAGAGAGCAUAUUAUUGCGGAAGAGCAAAGGAGGGAGUUUUCCUUUGGAAUAUGCGAAAAAUGCACAGGAUAUGACAUAUCCAUGGGGAAAAGAGGCUUACAUUGUGCUCCUGAAGUCAAUUCAAAACGCUGUCGCGAAUCAUUUGGAGAAUAAAUCCAAAUUUGAGUUGCAAGGUUAUCCUCUAGUAUUCCUUCUUUGGAUACUAGAGUCGAUUCCUUUGCUAAGGAAUAAGUUCAGUAAGUGUGUACCAACAGUUGAGGUUCCUGGGCCGACUUACUUGUGUGAAAAAUACACUGAGAUAGAGAAUCCAUCACUUGAUAGGGUUUUACAGGUUGAAGCUGAUACAAAGCUGAAGGUCCAUUGCAUACUACCUUCUAUUCCUCAUGAUCCAGAAGAUGAUAUCUCCAUUGAAGACAAAUAUAGUGACGAGUUGGAAACAGUGAAAGAUGUAACAAAGAAAGGGUACAAGAUUACAGCCGAUGACUGGGAAAAUAGGUGUGUAGACACAUUUGACACAUUGGAUGCUCUUAUUCAAAUGAUGGCAAAUAAGGAGACUGGCCAAGCUUCUACUCCGAUUGAUGAGGAUUCAGUAAAUGAAAAAGUGAACAGGAUCAUCACGGUAAUGGAGGAGAAUCUGAAGAGCAUGAAGGAUCGAAUGUCAUUACUGGAAGAAGAAAACAUACAUCUUAGAGCUCGUGUGUCAGAGUUGGAAGGAAACAGCAAUGUUUUUCCCACUAACGUGACACAAAAGCGAUCCAGUGGGACACCUUUAUCUCCAAUGUCUCACACGCAACCAUCCAGUGGGACACCUUUAUCUCCAAUGUCUCACACGCAACCAUCGAGUGAGACACCUUUAUCUCCAAUGUCUCAACAGCCUAAUUUGACACAUGAGGAGACAAUGAUUGAAUCAGCUGCAUCUCCAAAGUCUCAACAAAAUGAGGAUUACACGCAAUCAUCGAGUGAGACGCCUUUAUCUCCAAUGUCUCAACAGCCUAAUUUGACAAAUGAGGACACAAUGAAUGAAUCAGAUGAUGAAACUCCUGCCCUUGAUACUCAAGUAUUCUCUCCUAAUCUGACAAAAGAGAAAGAAACAGAAACGUCUACCGGUGAGAGGCCAUCCAAUCCUAAUCAAGAUGGAAAACCAGAUGAUGAGAUUGUGAGAGAGAAAUUAACAAGUGAGUCACCUGCUAGUCAGAGUCAAGUUUUGCAGAAAGAAACAGUAGAAAUGAAUGAGACACCUUCUUCUCCAAUAGCUCCAAAGAGUAUUGAAACUCCCGUUUAUACUCCAAGUCAGACUCAGCAGAUUGAGAGAGAGCCAUCGGAUGACACGCCUGCCCUUGAUACUCAAGUUUUUACUCCUAAUCUGACAAAAGAGAGGGAAACACAAACCUCUACUGAUGAAACGCCACCCAAAACUAAUCAAGGAGAAGGAAAACCAGAUGAUGAGAUUGUGAUUGAGUCACCUGCUGCUCAGACUCAAGUUUUGCAAAAAGAAACACUGGAAAUGAAUGAGACACCUUCUUCUCCAAUAUCUCCAAAGAGUAUUGAGGCUCAAGUUUUUACUCCAAUUCAGAAACAGCAGACGGUAACAGAGGAAACGUAUGAGGCUACACAGCCAUUGACUGAGAUCAUUUCAGCAAACAAUAAAAAGGAGGAUACACAUGCUGUGCAUUACAGACCUUCCUCUCCAUUGUCUUCACUAAUUGCACUAGUUAUUGAAGAAAAUAAGAAUGCUUUGAGUGAGACAGAAACUGCGACCCAAUAUUUUUCUACAAGUGAAGGAGAGCAUUCACAAUCAAGCAGAAAGAAUCAAGCGGAAGAAUAUCUCAAGGAUACUACAGAACCUACUACUGAGCUAGUUUCCACAGAUGUUUCGAAGACACAGCCUCUUACUCCGCAAACACAGCACCUUCAGACAAGUGAGGGAGAUCAAUCCGAUGAGACACCAUCAGAGCAGAAUCAAGCAGAAGAAAAUCUCAAGGAUACUACAGAACCUACUACUGAGCUAGUUUCCACAUAUGUUUCGAAGAUGCCGCCUAUUACUCAGCAAACAGAGCAUCUUCAGACAAGUGCUAUAGAUUUUUCAGAAAAAAACGAGGUUGAAGUAAGCAGGCUUCUAGCUCACUUUCAAAUAGGCGCAGAGGUUGAAAUUUUGUCUACUGAUGACGAAAUAUGGUAUCCAGGAAAGGUUGUUGAUCUUAAACUGUGUGAAGGACUAGAGGAGCUGACAGUUGAGUACACGACACUCUUCACAGACCAACAUAGACUUCAGAAACUUCAGGAUACUAUCACGGCUGACAAAAUACGUCCUGCAACACCAACUAGUGACCAAAAAUCCUUUGAGAUGAUGGAUAAGGUAGAAGCCUUCUACAACAAUGGCUGGAGCAGCGGACAAAUUAGCAUGGUACUUGGUGAUAACACAUACUCGGUGUGUCUCUAUACUUCUAUGGAAACUAUUCUAUUCAAACAUUCAGAUUUGCGAAUUCAUAGAGAAUGGAAAGAUGGAGUCUGGAAGAUGGCAGAUAAGGUGAAGCCUGAUAAGAAAAGGAAAGCUGCUGCCUCAUCACAAAAUUCAGGAAUGGAUAAUGUUUUCCUAAGAAGGAGCGAGAGGGUGCCUAAACGAUCUAGAGACACAAAAACUCCAUUCAAGUCUGACAGAAAUCCGGCUUUAACUGUAAUACCUGAGAUUAUACCUGCAGUUGAUCCGUUUUCAACUCCUGCGGAACAUAAGCUUUCAAGGCUUCAAAAUUGGAUGACAUUAAAGCCCGGCAUGCAUGAAACGUCCCUAUCAAUCAAUGAUAAUAAGAUAAGGAAAUCUUUCUUUCAAAGCAUGGAAAAUGCAAAAAAGGACCUUAAGAAAGAGCACAUUGAUGGAGCCUUUGCAAUGCUAAAUUGCAGAAGAAAUGAGAAUGCUGCUUGGUUCCACAACUACAAGAUUCCAAAGGCGUGCUUCCUACCUAUGGAGUUCUUGCAUUGCUUGCUCUCUGAUGAUUUGGCUUACAAGAAAGAAAAGGUCAAAGGUAAAAAGAUUUUCAACGAUUUAUUUAAAGAUACUGUGAGAGGGAAGGUAUAUCCAGAGAAGACAUGGGGAGAAGAUGUUGAUGUUGUGUAUGGGAUUACUCUUGGAAAAAAAAGCAAUGUCUGGAUUGGGAUGGAAAUUCAUUUGAAGAAGAAAAGAAUCACAGUAUAUGAUUGUUUUCAAAAGGAAAGCAACAGCAUUGAUAUUCCUCAAGUGAAAAAGUUGGCAGUGUUGAUUUCUAAUCUGCUGGUGGAAUCUUCUGGUGAUGAGGUAGAUAAGGUGAAGAUGAUUCCAUUUGAGAUUGAGCAGGCACAAGGUUUACCCAAGACAAAACAUCCUUUCAACUGUGGGAUAUUUCUUGUCAAGAUUCUGGAGUGCCAGUCAUUGAAGAUAGGAGACAUGACAAAGAUUAAUGAUGACAAUGCAUUGGAGCUAAGGAGAACCUUGUCUUGUGAGAUCUUCAACCAAUUUGUGGAUGAGAGCUUUGGGAAAUGAGAAUGAUGCAUGAAAACAUUUUUUGUUUUAGUUAAGACUCGGUUUUAGUUAUGACUGUUUAUUUUGUUAUGUUGUUGGCGUCUGGUUACAUAAGAAAGAUUGGAAGGAUAUCAAGUAUUUUAUUUGGGUAUCAUAUAUCUUGGAAGGUUAAAAUAUUGUUUCUGGAUGGGUUUCCAGAAAAAAAGUUAAGUGUUUCAAAUGUAAAAAAGAAUGAAAUGAGAUUAUAUACUAAGGAUUGGACAUGUA